AUGUCGAAUUCAUGGGUCGAACCAGCGGCCCCCGUACAGCCUUCCAUCGUCAAAUGCUCCGCCCUCGACAACCUCACCGCUUCAGUGUAUCCUUCGCCUACACACUUCUUUCCUCUGAAACCGGAAUCGGACCCUCGACAGCUCUACGAAGACUGCAAGAAAGGUCUCUCCCGAUGUAUCUAUGAGCUUCCACACCUCGCAGGUGUUAUCAGGAAAGACGAAACUGGACGUUGCGCCAUUGAGAUUCAAGAGGCACCGCAUGCUGGCACAAACUUCUGGUAUCGGGAUCACCGUCACGACGCAGACAUGCCUUCUUACACUGAGCUCAAGAUCAACGGGUGGCCGUUUGGCGAUGGCGAACAAGAUGGCCUUGACAAGCUUCGACCAGGGGAUUUUCCCUGCGUCCAAGAUGGCGAUCCUAUAAUUGCACCUCAGUUCAACGUCAUCAAGGGCGGUAUCGUCUUGACCAUGUCGAUCACGCACGUGAUAGGUGACCUUGUCCAGUUCAUGGACUUUCUCCGGUCUUGGUCACAGAACACGAGCGCGAUAGCAACUGCCAGACUUGAUGGCCAACCUGUACCUCCACUCCCGAAGCAAAUAUCGGCGGACUUGAUGGAUCGCUCCUUGUUGACACCUGAAGUGGGUAUUGAGGAGGAUCUUGACAAGCUCGGAGCUCGUGCGGCGAAGCUUCACCAUCUUGACAUGCUUGACCCUCGAUCUCCAGAAGAAGUUGCGGAGAAAUUGUCAAACCUGUUCACAAAGGCGCGCCUAACCAAUGACGAUCUGGUGAGGUUUACCGAAGAUGAGCUUCGCACUCUGUCUUGUUCUGUCUGGACUUUUUCACAGUCCUCGAUAAAGCAGCUACAGAACAUGAUCCAAGAGGUCUUGCCCAGUGGCUCAAAAGUGUCGGCUACGGAUUGUUUGACCGCUUUCUCAUGGAACCGACUAUUUGGCGCCAAAUAUGCUCCAGGGGUACCAGGCCCAGAUCCUCUACCUGAGACUAGCAAGAUUGUCUUCGCUGGAAGUAUUCGUCGUCGGUUGACCCCUCCAUUACCCAACAACUACAUGCCUGCCUGCGUGGACUUGUUCCCUGUGUCUGUGGACACCAGCGACUUUAUCUCGCCAGACCCCAAAACACUAGCCCAUGCAGCAAUGGCAAUUCGCAACAGCAAUAACACUUGGAGCGAGGAAACCUUUCGAGAGAUGCUUGAGAUAGCCCACUCACAUCCUGUCAAUCCAGGUCUGAUACCCAAAGCGCCCAUCGAUGCACUUGUCACGGAUCAUACACGAGCAACUGCAGCUAUGCUAUCAAGUUGGGGUCCCGAGCUUGGUUCUUGCGAAGCCUUCAGAGAGCCGUAUCUUGGUAGAAUUCCGCCUCAUGGGGAGAUCACCCUCCUGCCUCGAUGGACUAAUGGCGAUGUGGAGGUUAUGUUUGCUGGAGAGGCUGUUGUGAUGGAACGGUUGAGAAGCGACCGGCUUAUGAACCAGAUGGCCACUUGUCAGUUUGUUAUCGGUGAUCCUAGGUUUCAAUCGACUCGUGGGAAAUAUGUCUCAAAGCUGUAG